UUCUCCACUAAAAAAAGUUGUCAUAUUCUGCAGUAACAUGGGUAGGGUCCAUUCCUACCACAAAUAAAUCGUGUAUACACAGUGUUUCACUCUGAGAGAAUCCCUUAGACCUUGAUUUACAACAAAGACAAACUGAGAAAGAUCGGCAUCUCUAGGAGAAAAAAUAUUAUGUUCAGGAUUGGGACCAGAAAAUUUUCCAGCAUAAUAUCAAGAAGAUGUUGCUCAAGUUUUUUCUCCACUGAAACUAAAAGGUUAGAAGACAAGGUUGCAUUGAUCACUGGAGCAGCUAGUGGUAUUGGAAAAGCAACAGCUAAAGAAUUCAUUAACCAUGGUGCCAAGGUUGUGAUUGCAGAUAUUCAGAAACAACUUGGCCAAGAAACGGCAACAGAACUAGGGGAAAGAGCAACAUUUGUGUUCUGCGAUGUUGUUCGAGAAUCUGAUGUUUCUGCUGCAGUUGAUUUCACAGUCUCUAAAUAUGGUCGCCUUGAUAUCAUGUUCAAUAAUGCUGGAGUAUCAGGCCAAUUGUCACCAAGCAUUACAGAUCUUAACCUAACAGAAUUCGACCAUGUCAUGAGUAUUAACGUUCGGGGAGUUAUUACUGGGAUAAAACAUGCAGCGCGUGUUAUGAUCCCAAGGCGAACAGGUUCCAUUCUUUGCACUGCCAGUGUAACUGGGAUCAUGGGUGGAUUAGCACCACAUACAUACAGUAUUUCUAAAGUUGCUGUUACAGGGAUGGUGAAGUCUGUGGCAGCCGAGCUCUGCAAGUAUGGAAUCAGGGUUAAUUGCAUCUCACCUUUUGCCAUUCCGACGCCAUUUGCGAUGGAUGAUAUGGUUAAGAUUUAUCCAGGGGUUGACGCUAACCGUCUUGUGAAGGUCAUUCACGACGCUGGCGAGUUGGAAGGAGUUAACUGUGAAGCUGCUGAUAUUGCAAAAGCUGCACUUUAUCUGGCUUCUGAAGACGCUAAGUAUGUGAGCGGUCAUAAUCUGGUUGUUGAUGGUGGCUUCACCUCCUUCAAGAGUCUUACGUUCCCAUCACCUGAUCAGGUCUCGGAAUGAAACACGUGAAUAAAAUAGAGGCUUUGGCUCCUUCGCCUUUGUAUGCUGUAUGGCUUAUGAUGAUGAAAUUAUAGAUUUCCAGAGAAUUAAAAUGCAAGCACAUGAACUCAGAGCAGAAGUUAUUUUGGUCCAACAAUCUCGGUGUGAAGAUGGAGGCACCGAGUGAAUAACAGCAACUUGAGCACAAGCCAGCAUUGUAAUGGGCAUUGGUACAUAAAUGAGAACUGCAGCUACCUUUCUAGCACCAAUAUCUUUCUAUCCACAAGCUACAUAAAUAAAGUUCAGCUCAGCCAUUGAUAUAAAUCCAUAGAACUAAUAAGGGAAACAACAAAUAGCAUGUAGUUCAAACAAAACUAAAACUACUUGGCAAAGUUUGUGCA